AUGAUUGCUGGUUCACAAAGCCGUGGGACAGAAAGGGCGGAAAGCCGGGCCAACGGUCAUGCAAAGUUCUGUAUCGGUAUUCCAACUUUGCCCUCCAAGCGCGACCACAUUCGUGUCGACGUUGACGAUUUACUGGAGUGGGUGACAUGGGAUGGAGGCGGCCUGGGAGAUCCCUUGACAUGCCCUGCUGGGAAGGUUGCUCUGGAGGUACAUCGCAAACUUGUAACCGCUGACGGUGCCCGAGAAGGGUACGGUGUUGUAGCGAACAGCGAUUUCACCGCGAAUCAGACUUUGACCGAAGAAUCGCGUGCGCAAAUGCAUCAGGACAGGGCUCAACUGGGCGAAAUCUCUGUUGACGAGCGUGGCGGAAGCAUUGAUGAACUACGAAAGUCUUGUCUCGCAUAA